AUGAUUAUUAUCGGUUUUUUUACUGGAUUAAGUUCUAACGUUCACAUAAUAACGGUUUAUGAGCCAACUCAAAGUAAUUUCACAAAUUUAUAUGCGAAAAAUCUUCAAUCAUUUAAAUGUCCAUGUAGACAAACUGCCAUUGCAUAUGGCUCAUUUAUAGAAGUAUGGCCCUUGUUUCAUCCAGUUUGUUCAAGUUGGUUUGUAUCUGAUGAAUGGAGACGUGCUCUAUUGUUAGCAGGCCAAUACAAUCCUUUUCUCUCUAGCACUGACUUUAUAGUCAAUGGAUACAUAUAUUUUAAUGCUUUGAACACUUUAUGUACACUUGCAAAUGUGACUAUUUCCAAUGAAUUGUUCAUUUUUACUCAAACAUCAUUCAUUAAUGAUCGAGCAUUAUCCUCUGAAGAACUAUUAGCUCGUACACAACAGAUAUUGACACAAUUUGAAUCAACUACAGUAGCUGAAUUCAAACGCAAUCUUGCCAUCAUUCGUUCUCUAACUACAACUACAUAUACAGCCGGAUACGGUGAUGUCUAUUGGUACAGUAUUCCUUCGGUUUAUGACAUCGGCGACAGCUAUUUUGUACCAACACCUGCUAUAAUUGAAAAUUGUUCAUGUGCACUUAGUGAUGAAUGCAAAAAUACGAUAAGUUUGUACAAUUAUACAAUUGAUCUUAGUGUUCCCCCACGAGGUGUUCUAUUCAAUAUUCCACAUAUGUAUAAGAGUUGUUUUAAUAUGCAAUCCUUACUUCUAUCGUCACUCGAAUGCUUUUUCGAGCAAACAUGUUUUGAUCCUAUUCAAGAAAUAAUCAAUGUUAUUGCAAACUUCUACUUUAUAAUCAAUGGAUCCGUACUUCUAACGAAUUCAACACGAUUUCCUCCAAAAACAACUGUUGGAGAAAUCAUUAACGAACUUAUGAUCGAAAGAUGGUAUGAAAAUGUACGCUAUGUAGAAUACUAUCAGCAAUGUGCACCCGAACAAUGUUCCUAUUUAUUGACAUUCCGUAAUAAUGCACUUUAUAUAGUCACCACGAUCAUUGGACUAUUUGGUGGUCUUUCAGUUGCUCUCAAAAUUAUUGUUCCAAUAAUAGUCCGUUGCAUACGAAACCGAAUGCGUUCGCAAGCAACACCAGCUAAUGUGACAGGUUGGUUGUAG